AUGACCUUCGUAUACAUACUAGCCAGCCUAUUAUCGAGCCCCAAGAGCCGCGGCAAACGAACAGCCUUGGAGGCAGCCGCACAACGAGCGCUGAUCGUUUGGAAAACACGGAUCGACGACGCGCUGGGGUACGAUGCGAGCGAUGUCGAACGCUGGAUCAUAGUUCACAGCAGACAUCGCAAUUCCGCGGAUCUACGACAACACGCCACGAUACGCGGCUAUACCAACGGGCAACCGGUCGCGACGAUGCACUUGCGCCUAACGAAGGAUUUCGUCGCAACGGGGAUCAACGUCUGGGCAAACGGUGUGCCCAUGACCGCGCAGGUUACGGAUCUUGUUGGCAUCCUUUCCACUCUCUGCAUCCGCGCGUCGCGCCACGUCAGCCAUACCACAGCGAAAAGGAACGCGUUUGUUAUUAUCCCCAUCUUGCACGUUUACGCCGCUCGACUCGUUGGACCCGCGAGCCACCCACACCCAGUGAAAUGGCCGAACACGCAACACGCAACACGCGAUAUGCGAAGUGCUCGACGCCCAUUCGGGUGCGCCCGAAACGACAGAAAACGUGCAAGUCUCGCGGACGGCACGCGAAGAGAAAAUGAACAGGGAGGGGGAGGGGAACACGAACGCCAACACGCCGCUUGA